AUGGGCAAUAUAGAAGCAUCACUAACUACGGAGACGUCAAUGGCAGCAACAACAGCAGCAGCAACAACAACCGCAGCAACAAAAACUACAGCAGCAGCAGCAGAAGCACCAGCGUCAACAUCAGCAGCAGCACUAGCAGCAGCAGCAGCAACAGCAGGGGCCGCUGACGCCUCUACUACUGCAUCACAAGAAGCAUACCAUUCUCAUACUGUUCUUGUGCAGCGAGAGGGAGGGGGCCCCCAGGCGUCCCUGGGGGCCCCUCUAGGGCCUCCCGCCCGUUUACCUAAGCUGGACCCUCACAGUGCCUUAUUAGGGAGACCCCCAUCUUGCAGUCCCCCGUUGCCUGUGCAUGCAGUAGCAGCAGCAGCAGCAACAGCAGCAGCAGCAACAGCAACAUCAGCAACAAGUUUACCAAGUUCUUCUAUGCAAGAAAUAGAAACAGAAACAGAUGUGGGGGCCCCUAGUCCUAGUCCAAGGGAGGGGGCCCCCUUCAUAUGGGGGCCCCCCCCUUCUCCUGAUGACCUUGAGCUGCUGUGCCCUACUCCUUAUCAAAGUCUAUCUGUAGAUCAAGGGGGGCCAGGUGGGGGGGCCCUGGGGGCCCCCUUAGGGGGCCCCUAUUCAAUAGCAGGGAGACAGCAGAUGGCAAGUUUUGGUGAGGCAGUAGGAAGGGCAUUAGCCUUAGGAAACAGCAGCAGCAGCAGCAGCAACAGGAAUUCCUUAUUUGCUGCUGCUGCAGACAACAGCAACAACAACAGUAACAGCAACAGCAGCAGCAGCAGCAGCAGCAGCAGCAGGAAGUUUGAGGUACCCCCCUCUGUCUUAGCCCUUGAUGACCUAAUAAGAAGCAGCUUAGGGGGGCCCCCUAAUCCAGGUGUACAUACAAAUAGUCCUGCUGCAGCAAAUACAUAUAAUAAAAGGGGUACUAAAGCAGCAUUAACACAAGAAAUAUGGGGAGGGGCCCCCCAUAGGGGCCCCACAUAUAACGAAGAUGAGGUACAGAUGAUGCAAGAGGAGGGGCCCCCACAGCAGCAGCAGCAGCAGCAGCAGCAGCGCAGCUCGCAUUGUGGUUCGCCACGUGUAGAAGGGGGCCCCCAUGGUACCUUCUCUGGGUCUUGUGGACAACCCAGCAGCAGCAGCAGCAGCAGCAACAGCAGCAGCAGCAUGGCGAAGGAACAUGGCACCGAAGACGGACCUGCUGCUACUUCUGCUGCUGCUCCUGCUGUUAUAUCUUCUGCUGCAGCAACAGCAGCAGCAACAGCAGAAGGAGAGACAAGAGAGCAGACAAGAGAAGAAAGCAAAGAAGAAAUUGAGUUGCUGCUCUCCUCCCGUGUUAUCUGUACCCAUACCUCCAUCAGCAACAGCAGCAGCAGCAGCAGCAGUAGCAGCAGCUGCACCAGCAGCAGCAGCAGCAGCAGCAGCAGGGAGUGUCCCCUAUAUGCACUGCAGCAGCUAUCUCCUCGUCUCCACGAGUGUUCAGAGGUAAUAGCAAAAGCAUUGCUGCAGCAGCAGCAGCAGCAGGGUCCCUCUGCUGCUGCUGCUGCUGCUGUUUCGGGUGGGGGCCCCCUUUCCCGUGGGGCCCCCCCUAGGGGGGGGGCCCCCCUAAUAAAGGGUACAGACACAAUGAGGGACGUGUCUGCUGCCCUUAAGCAAUUACAAUUAUCUAUAAAAAACUUUUCUUAUGUUCUUUCUUCUUAUAGCGAACAUUUGCUGCCUGAUGAUAUAAUAGGGGGGCCCCCCCUCAUGGGGGCCCUAUGUGGGGGGGCCCCCUCUAUGGGGGCCCCCAUACAAAGAAUUGGGGAACCUGAUGUUAAGGGGGCCCCCAACCUAGGGGGCCCCACCGAUGUACCAAGGUGUACAGGUAUGGCACAAAAGACCUUAGGUGACCCCAAUAACAGCAGCAGCAGCAGCAGCAGCAGCAGCAGCAGUGCAGCAAGGGCCCUAGGGGGGGCCCCUGGAGAGACAGCUGAGGAAGAAGAUUCUCUGUACCCUGUCUUCUAUCUAAGCGGAGAAGCAGCAACAUCUUCUUAUGAUGCGCAAGACACAAGCCUCCUCCCUGUUGACCCUUUGGGGGCCCCCCAAGGGGCCCCCAAAGGGAUUCCCAGAGGGGCCCCCCAAGGGGCCCCCCAAUAUGCCCCCGGUGUGGUAGGGGGGCCCCCAGGGGCCCCUCCUUCAAGCCCACGGGGAUCUCUUAAGAUACUAACUCCUGCUGCUGGUCAGGUACCCCUUGCUGCUACCCUUGCAGCUAACUGGACCUCAGGGGGGCCCCCGGGGGCCCCCUCAUUAGAUGGUCCUACUUGGGGUACCGUAAGAGGCGUCUGCCAAAGCACAAGUGUAGUACCCUCUUAUGGGGGCCCCCCUGGGGGGGCCCAUCCAGGAGGCCCCCACCAGAAAGCCCCGCAAGCGAGAUCUUGUCGGGGGGCCCUUGGGGGCCCCUCUGAGGGUUGUAUGUCUCUGGGACCCCCAGGGGGCCCCCAAACUGCUGGUUGGUGUGGGCAUUCUGCCAGCAACAGCAACAGCAACAGCAACAGCAACAGCAACAGCAGCAGCAGCAGCAGCAGCAGCAGCUGCGCGCAUGCAGAUAGGAAGAGAAGAGGAGGGAGGGCGCUGCGGUGGGCACGGGAUCGUCUCCUGGGGAUCGUCGCUCCCCAAAGGAAAGGGAGCAGCAACAAUGUAAAAGAGUAA